AUGUCACAGCAAUUGAUUAAACUGCCGCAUCGAAUAUUAUUACGAUUUCAUGGUCCCGAUACUAGCGCGUUUCUUCAAGGUCUCAUCACGAAUGACGUCAGAAAAUUGGAAACCGCCAACGGAAUCGCCGCGUUCCUGUUGAACUCGAAAGGGCGAAUUGUUGAAGAUGUGCUCCUCUGGCGACGAGGCACCGAUGACAUAUUCGUCGAAUGUAGCCGAUCAAACAAAGCAAAUCUCAUCAAGGAGAUCGCGAAAUAUCGAUUGAGAAAAAAGGUGGAAAUUUCCGAUUGCGAUGAUCCAGUUGCAUUCAUUCAAAAUUCAUCACAAACCAAUGAGUUCCAAGACCCUCGAUACUCAAAUUUCGGUUCCAGAGUGUUCGGGAAUUUGGAUGGAAGCGAAAAUUUAGAAAAAUACGAGAAUCUACGACGAGAUCUUGGAAUUGCCGAAGGCGCUUCGGAGCUCUCCGGAUUAUUACCGUUUCAGGCGAAUGGUGAUCUUUUACACAUGGUAUCACUUGACAAAGGCUGCUACAUCGGACAGGAAUUGACAGCGCGAACCGCGCACACCGGCGUCAUUCGUCGUCGAAUUCUGCCGUUUGAAUGCGAGGGCUCCGUGAAGAACGACGCCGACAUCGUCGACGAGAAGAAGAACAAAGUGGGCAAGGUGAUCUCAAGCGACACGACGCGCUGCCUCGGCGUUCUCCAAUUAUCGGCGUUCAAAUCGCAAAAAUUGUCCGUCGACGGUGUCGCGUUGAAGGCAAAGAAGCCCGAAUGGAUGCCGGACAAGAUUCUCGCGGCGAACGCAACCCGCACAAGUCUAACCGAUGCUUAA